AUGGCUGGGGUUCAAUGUUUACGGCGUCUGAUCUCUCGUAGAGCCCCGCCUUGUUACGCCUUCCACUCACACUACGAUACUUUUCGACCGCAGAAAAGAUGCAUCCAUGAUCAUAUAUUAAAGGGAAAAGUUGUGAAGAUAGGAUGUGCAAGCGGCUUUUGGGGCGACACCGCUUGUGCAGCCCCACAGUUGAUCUAUGGAGCCAAACUAAACUACAUCGUGUUCGACUACUUGUCAGAAAUCACUAUGUCACUUCUCACCGCUGGCAGAAGAAAUUCACCGGAUAUGGGUUAUGUUCCAGAUUUCGUGCAAGUAAGUGUGGCCCCUUUCAUCAAAGACAUCAAAUCAAAAGGAAUCAAGCUGCUGACCAAUGCAGGCGGCAUCAACCCUGGAGCUUGUGCAGAAGCUCUUCGAAAAAUUUGCAGGUCAGAGGGCGUGGACUUAAAUAUUGCUGUUGUCAAAGGAGAUGAUCUAAUGUCUCAUAUUAGGGACCUCCAGAAGCAAGGCAUUUAUGAGAUGAAGACAGGGCAGCCUUUUCCCGAGCAGCUUCACAGUAUGAAUGCUUAUCUUGGGGCAGGACCUCUUGCACAGGCUUUAUCCAUGGGUGCAGAUAUCGUCAUAACUGGCAGGUGUGUGGACAGUGCGUUAGCAUUAGCUCCCUUGAUCCAUGAAUUUGGGUGGACCAUGGACCAGUUUGAUUUGUUGGCUGCAGGCAGCCUUGCUGGUCACUUAAUAGAAUGUGGAGCUCAAAGUACUGGCGGUGUCUUUACAGACUGGCAUCUGGUUGAAGAAUGGGACCAUAUUGGUUUCCCUAUAGUGUCAGUCGGCUCCGACGGCAAGUUCACACUUUCAAAACCUCACAAGACUGGAGGGCUGGUGAACAAAGCAACCGUCAGUGAGCAACUGCUGUACGAGAUCGAUGAUCCAGCUCAUUACUUCCUUCCCGACGUCGUCUGUGACUUCACGCAGGUGGAGGUUGAUGAAUUACCUGGCGAUAUGGUUUAUGUUGUUGGAGCCAAAGGGAACCCUCCUUCUGGCGAAUAUAAGGUGACUGCUACCUAUGCUACCGGCUUCAGGUCAACAGCUGCAUGUGUGGUUGGUGGACCCAGAGCCACUGAAAAGGCAGAAAAAACUGCUAAAGCCAUUCUCACCAGAUGUAGGCGCAUUUUUCAUCAACUCAAUAUGGAUGACUUCACUGCUGUUCAUGUUGAGGUCGUAGGUCGAGACAGAAGGCCAGAACACAUGAGGGGACUAGGGUCGCCGCCUGGUCCCAAAGAUGUUCUUUUAUGGAUUGCUGUGACCCACAAUGAUAGGAAGGCUCUAGAGUUCUUCUCCAGAGAAAUAGCACCAGCAGGAACUGGAAUGGCUCCUGGAUUGUGUUCAACUAUUGGCGGCAGACCAAAAGUGUCUCCAGUGCUCAAGCUGUUUUGUUUUCUUCAUCCAAAACACAACUUCAAGAUAACAAUAGAAAUGAACGGAGAAACACUCGAGUACAAACCAGCCAGUGUUCCUACAGCCGAGUACCUGACCCAAGCGUAUCCUGCCAGCGAUAGCAAUGGCAAUGGAGAGAACAAACAGUGCAGAGAUAUCGAACUCCCUUCAGGAGAGUUCUCUUAUCGGUUAGAGGAACUGGCCUAUACGCGAUCAGGAGACAAAGGAAACGACUGUAAUAUAGGUGUGAUAGCACGGCAUCCUGCCUACCUUCCAUUUAUCCGAAAACAACUGACAGCGGAAGCUGUGGAGGCGUUCUUUGAACAUUAUUUUAAGGAUAACAUUGAAGGGACUACAAAGAGUAAAGUUCAGAGAUUUGAUGUGCCUGGCAUUGAGGCUUUGAACUUUGUGUUGAGGAACUCUUUAGGAGGUGGAGGUAUUGCAUCACUUCGUAGUGAUCCUCAGGGUAAAGCCAUGGGUCAGGAAUUGCUGGACUUUGUCAUCAAAGGUGUUCCCAAUUUGAAAAAACUGGCAGAAGAAGCUUUAACACACAAAAGCUAG